AUGAAGAAGGAGAACAUUAUGCUUUCAUUGUUGAUUCCUGGUCCACAUCAGCCUGGUAAUAGUAUAGACAUGUACUUAGAACCCCUCAUUGAAGAUCUUAACAGUCUGUGGAGCAUUGGAGAGGUAACCUACGAUGCUCUUACUCGAUCUAAUUUUACUCUUAAGGCCAUGCUACUUUGGACGAUCAGCGACUUUCCAGCCUAUGGGAAUCUUGCAGGCUGCAAAGUUAAAGGUAAAAUGGGGUGUCCGUUAUGUGGGAAAAAUACAUAUAGCAAGUGGUUGAAGUUCAGUAGAAAACAUGUGUACAUGGGCCAUAGAAAGGGUCUGCCACCAAGUCAUAGUUUUAGAGGCAAGAAGAAAUGGUUUGAUGGAAAAGCUGAACAAGGGAGAAGGGGAAGAAUACUAACUGGUCAUGACAUUUCUCAAAACCUGAGAAAUUUCCACAAUGAUUUUGGAAAUUUCAAACGUUCUGCAAGUAAGAGAAAAAGGGUUCAGUGUUCUGCUGAUGUAGGCUCAGAUUAUGAGGUUAUACCGAGUGAAUCAGAGGAAGAUGAAGAGGAAGAGGAAGAAGUACUAGUUGAUGAAGAUGAGUUAUCUAGAUGGAAGAAGAGGUCAAUCUUCUUUAAGCUACCUUAUUGGGAGGAACUCCCGGUUAGGCACAACUUAGAUGUAAUGCAUGAGGAGAGAAAUGUUGCUGCGAGUUUAGUUUCGACGUUGUUGCACUGUGGGAAAUCAAAAGAUGGUCUUGUGGCUCGCAAGGAUCUUGAGGACAUGGGUAUUGGGCCGGAAUUGCAUCCCAAAAUCCAGGGUAAACGAACCUAUCUGCCUCCAGCACCGUGGUCUUUGUCUAAAAUAGAGAAGAAGAUCUUUUGCCGGCGUCUUUUUGACUUCAAAGGGCCAGAUGGAUAUUGUUCUAACAUAUCAAGAGGUGUUUCAUUAGAUGACUGUAAAGUCAGUGGUCUGAAAUCACAUGACUACCACGUCCUGAUAAAACAACUUCUGUCGAUUGCACUUAAAGGAUUGCUACCUAAAGGACCGAGGCUUGCAAUAUUUAGGUUAUGCACUUUCUUCAAUCUGUUGUGUCAGAGAGUCAUUGACAGAGAGAAGCUUCUGGUUAUGGAAGCUGAGAUUUUUGAGACUCUGUGCUUGUUUGAAAGAUUUUUUCCUCCAAGUUUGUUUGAUAUCAUGCUCCAUUUGACUGUGCAUCUAGGAAGAGAAGCUCGGCUUGGUGGACCAGUCCACUUUAGAUGGGUGUACCCUUUUGAAAGGUACAUGAAAGUUCUCAAAGACUUUAAGAGAAAUCCUGCAAGGCCCGAGGGAUGCAUUGCUGAGUCCUAUCUAGCUGAGGAAUGUAUCCGGUUUUGCAGUGAGUUCCUGAAGAAGACAACAAAUGUCCAAGAGAAAGUAGAUAGAAACAUGGAGUAUGAAAACAAUUCUAUCUUAGAGGGUCGUCCGAUAUCCAGUGGCACUACCUUUACUCUCACAGAAAUAGAAAAGAGAGUUGCAUAUCUAGCUAUCAUCCAAAAUUUGGCUAUCGUCAAACCAUAUGUAGAUAUUUACAAGACACAGAUGAAAGAUGUUUUCGAGAUGCAUCAACGUUAUGGAGUAUGCAUACUAAACAUUUUGCAUCGUGGCUUAAAGAACAGGUGCCACUUGAUUCAACCGAACAUGAAGAAACACUUAAGUGGAUAG